AUUGUUGAUGAAACAACAUUUGCAGAAUAAAAGAGCCCCAACACUGUCAACAUCCCAAUCCAAAUUAUACUUAGCUGCCACAUUUUCAAACCAGUAACCAAAACGUGCAAACCAACAAAAUGUUUCAUCCAAACCCCAGCUAAGGCCCUGUUUGUCCCACUGAUUGAAAACCUCCAAGAAACUGUCUCAAAAUGGAGCCCAACUCCAGAAAUGAAGUCAAUUUCCGAAUGAGAAAACACAUAGACAAUUCAACACACUGAGACAAUGAAUGCAAGUCCAAACAGAGAAUAGGCCAAGCCAUUGACACUGUGGUAGGGAACCACGCCGUUAUAUGGCCAAGCCGAGGCUCCAAAUCAGAUCGACAUCCGUCCAUUUCCUACAUCAACCCUCUUAUGCAAACAUGUUAUACUAACAUCCAAGGAAAAAAAAAGUGAUGAUAAAUACCCUUUACCUUUUUUUUUCUGUCAAGGGGUAGACCCCUUUUCAGCAAACAUGCUAUAACUUCCAAGAAUGUGAUGAUAGCUAAGGUGAAAGCUACAAAAAAUGUUACAACAACAUUGUCCAAAAUGCUAGUAAAAUUCCAUGAUCAUUGUGUUAAAAAAAUAACAGCAAGGUUUUAAAUGUGACUUCCUAAUGCCAUUUCAACCCAAUACUAGAAGAAUCCAAAAACACAGUUGGAUUUACUGCAUACUCCACAUGAAAGGCAGCUCUCUUAGUUGAUGACAUGACAAAGGUUUCGAAGCCUUUUUCAGAGGUAAAAUAAUUGUAUAAAGAGUACCUGAAAUUGAAGGGUCCCUUGACUCCCUCCCUCUCAUCCUCUUUGAUACCAUCACAACUUAUAAAAAGGGUUCAAAACCACGACCACAACAAGUCUCAUUUCGCAUAUUUUACCAUGCUCGUGGGCGGGGUGGGGCUCCGCCCGCCUUUUGUCAUCAUCCACAGACAGCUUUAUGCUUGUGAAUACAUAAAAAGAGCAUCAAGAUUUUGAGGGCCGACAUUGCCGUAAAAGGGUCUAAAAUCUCUGUUAAUCAUCAAGUGAAAAAAAAACUUAACCUGCAAAAAGGUCCCAUCUUUAAACUUUAUAAAUAAAAGGCCACAUAUUGGUGUAAUUCAAUCUGCAUAGACAGCUAAUCAGUACUUUCAUUUUUUUCAUGCAUGAAACAUUCAAAGUGAUGAAGAGUAUUCCAGUCAAGAAAUUCUUCCAUAAAUAGGACAAAAGCAUCACAAAUUUAUAUUCCCUCACCUCUCUCUACCAACAAUGAAUCCUUCCAAAUUCCCUCAAGGCAGCAGCAGCAACGAGUCGGGGUGGACGGCAUAUAUAGGCUCUCCACACGACGACGGCGAUGAUGAUCAAGAGCAUAGCAAAGGUGGAGAAGAGCACAAGGAGAAAGAUGCAGAUAGUGAUGAUUCAAUGGCUUCUGAUGCUUCCUCUGCUCCCAGUGAUCAGUUUGGGCAUUAUAACAAACACCUUGGCUACGGAUAUGGAAAGGGCACCAGCGAGAGGAAACAUGGUGGUAAGAAAGAGCAAAAACAAGGCGAUAUGAAGCAGCAUGCUGAGAAGAUUAAGGCAGCAAAAGGCAAUGCGGAUUGCGCUACGAGAUCGAGAAAGAAGUAAGAAUCGUUUCAAUUUUUUGUCCUUGUUCGAGGUGAAUGAGUAUAUAAGGAUUGCAGAAGUUAGCAAUAAGACAUUUUGCAGUGUGUUCAUUCUAGUAAACAGCUAGAAUUUGAAUUAGACAGCAGCAAGCAAGCUGUCUGAUUUUUUUUUUCAGUAGUGAAAUAGCUGCUGAUUCCAUUUGUUCUUUGCUAGUUGCAAUCGCAUAAUUAAGCUUGUCAAUUUGGAAA